UUUUUUGGUACCGACUGGGGCCGACCGCAGCGGGGGAGAAGUGGCUGCGUUCGCCGUUGAGAAAGACUAUCGGCUUCUACGCUGUUCUCAUCAACACACACACAGACACAAACACACACACCAAGUGUGAGAUGUUCCGCCGUGGCCCAAGGGACAUGAGUGUGUGACAAUGUGUGUGUGACAGCGUGUGUGUAUGUGUGUGUGAUAGAGGGAGAGGGAGAGAGAGAGAGAGAGGGGGGAAUGCUGAUGAACGCGGUGCUGCGUCCUGCGCUGAGGGUCGCGACGGCAGAGAGGUGAUCCCCCUCCUUCCACACAUCUGCAGAUGACCCCGGACUCUGCCUGCUUUCGUCCCUACGAGUCGAUCAAACGAGGACUCGCGCACCGAGAGACCUGCAUUUUCUGAAGGGGGGGAAGCCAUCGCGCCCAUCCCCUUGCCCCUUCCCUCCCCGGAACCCCCGGCAGGUACACAGUGAAAAUGGGCAACAGUUUCUCCAACAUCUCCGCCUUCCAGUCCCUUCACAUCGUGAUGCUGGGUUUGGACUCGGCCGGCAAGACGACCGUCCUCUACAGACUGAAGUUCAACGAGUUUGUCAACACGGUGCCCACCAUCGGGUUCAACACCGAGAAGAUCAAGCUGAGCAACGGCACCGCGAAGGGCAUUAGUUGCCACUUCUGGGAUGUGGGAGGCCAGGAGAAGCUGAGGCCCCUGUGGAAAUCCUACAGCCGAUGCACGGACGGCAUCAUCUAUGUGGUCGACUCAGUCGACGUGGACAGGCUGGAGGAGGCCAAGACAGAGUUGCAUAAAGUCACCAAGUUCGCCGAGAACCAGGGCACGCCGCUCCUGGUGAUAGCCAACAAGCAGGACCUGCCCAAGUCCCUCCCGGUGGCGGACAUUGAGAAGCAGCUGGCUCUUCAUGAGCUUACCCCGUCCACCACCUACCAUGUCCAGCCCGCAUGUGCCAUCAUAGGCGAGGGACUACACGAGGGCAUGGACAAACUCUAUGAAAUGAUCGUUAAGAGGAGAAAAUCUCUUAAGCAAAAGAAGAAACGGUAACGACCACCCAAGAGGGGCGUGGAAGCGAAUAAAUGCAGAAUUACUGUAACUAAAUGCUAUUCGGGUAUGCCAGUGUAGCCCCCUGACAAGAGGUUUACUUUGCAGUGUUUUUGUUUUGUUUUGUUUUUUAAUCACCUUCAAUUUUGGAUUAUUGUCUUAGUUGUAAGACGCUGUGAACCCCUGCUGGCUGAUGCUUUUUGCACGCAAGAGGGUUCCUCUGUGGGUUCCUCUGUGAGUUCCUCUGUGGGUUCCUCUGUGAGUUCCUCUGUGAGUUCCUCUGUGGGUUCCUCUAUGGGUUCCUCUAUGGGUGCAGAGUUUAUACCAAGGCUAACCAAUGCAGAAACUUGAAAUGACUUGGGAACUCAUAGGAAGUACAGCUAAGACAGAGAGAGAGAGAGAGAGAGAGAGAGAUAAACGGGCUGGCCCGUUAUUCGCUGCUGUACCGUGGAUUUUCAACAUUACGGACAUUUCCCUUCGAAGAAGCUCCCGUUCUGUAGGCCGAUCAGUUCACGUACAGACGUUUGGAUGUUAUUCACUCCGUUCACGAGCCUUCGAGGAAUGCUUCUCUGGAAACACACGUUUUGUUUUGCACGUGGCUUGGGUUUAUAUUCACUUUUUCUUAUCGGGAACUGAUGCCAAGACUUGUCUGUAGUAUGGGCGUCUGUCACGCAGAUGAUACAGGUUUCGGAGCAUUGAAGUAGCCUUUCCUAUCCGUGGUGGACUGUGGAUAACAUUGCCUGCGACGCGGUCCACUACUUUGCACUUUUCAUUUCCUAUCAAAAUAAUAGAGUAACUACACUGUAUAACGGAGCAGAUCUAGGCUGUUUAUGUACCACGAAGCCAAAAUUGAAGUAUUUUUUGAAUAUUAAAUGUUUGAA